CUACUCUUACUUCGCAAUAAACACAGCUUUUAGACUUCGCACUCCUCUGCUCGCCACAGGUUCUAUCGAGAAGGGCUUGAGCUCGGAUAGGACUGACCAUGCAAUCCUCUGGCUAUUCUUUGGAAGCGCCAGCCGAACCAGAGCCUCGCAAUGUCGUUGGUUCGGCCGUGACCGAUCAUGCCUUCGCCUCGGCAGCCAAUAUCAGCCAUGCUACUGUUGUCACUGGAAACACCACUGGGGCCACACAGGAAGCAUUGGAGAGUAGCGCCAAUCCUGCAAGCUUUUCUCGCGACGAAGAGUCCAGUGGACAAGAUGCCCAAGCGGACACAGGCGGAUCGGGUUGGCAGUGGGCGGACAGAGCACAAGUCCUACGAGCCCAUCAGAGGGAUAGCUUGCACUUACUGAAGCUGCAGGAUCUUUUCGCUGAUGUGGUGCGGUCACUUAUCGGGUCCAGACGGUAUCUAUCGAAUCAAACAACGGUGUCCGUUCUUUCGCAGGCGCUUUAUUAUGGACUUUCGUUUGGAUUAGGCACGCAAACAUUAGGAGAGGAAUACGUUGAGAUCUACCCUUACGUUAAUCGCAAGCGCAAUUUCCCGUCAAAGCUGCGCCGUAUUCUUUCUCUUGUCGUCCUCAUAGGAGCUCCUUAUGCCCUUAGCAACCUGGUAGAGCGCCUCUCAAAUGGUCGCUCGGCUUCAGAUGCCCCUGAAGGUGGAACCCCGCUCACAAGGAGACAAAUCCUCGUCAAAUGGUUGAGGUCAGGCUGGUUCAAGGCGUUGCCAGAACUAUGGUUCGCGUGGUUCUUGAUCAAAGGCAGGAACGUGCAAUGGACGAAGAGCUUGAUGGGGAUGAGUUAUAUCACCAACUCGCCAGCCGCUUCGCAGAAAGCACCCUCUGCCUACGAACCCGUAGGAUUUCUCCUCCUUCUGCCUCUGGUCAACCGUGUACUAGCUGGCUGGAGAGCGAAACGAGCUCGAGAGGAGGAAGAAGCUGCGAGAGCCGAAAGCUUGGAUUCGGCAGGAAAGGGAAAGGGGGACCAUCCCGCCGUGGUGAAGGAUAUUACGUCUCGUUACAACAUCGACGGGAGACCGGUCGAUCUGACGACUUUGGGUGCGAUCUCCGAAGAACAACAGACAGGCGGGAUCGACGUCACCACGGUGGACCCCCAUUCCUUCACACCGCAUUCGAUACUGGACAAAUCCGCUCUUGCCAAUCCCGACCGGCAAUGCCCGCUCUGCCUCGCACCAUGCGGCUUGGCGGAAGAGAGCGGGGGGACCUGCGCGACAGAGUGUGGACACGUAUUCUGCUGGUCGUGCAUACAAGACUGGUCAGCAGAAAAGAUGGAAUGUCCUCUUUGUAGACAGGCUUUACGGCUGGAGCGAUUAACACCGCUUUACAACUUGUAA